AUGAGAGUUAUUAUAACUAAUGGUCCAAGUGGAGCUGUCGAAUUUGCAAUUUCAUUUUCUUCUUCACUUUUCUUCUCAUAUAUUCUUUAUCCAACUUCUGUCUCACUUUCAACUAACUUCUUAUUCUCUUUCAACCAACCUUCUAGCCUUACUUUCAGAGCUGAGCUUCUCUUACAUUCAUCAUUUGGUUUUUUAAACAUCUUUUCUCCAAACAACUAUUUGCCUUAA